AGAAAUUAUUUUUUUAAUUUCAAUUAAACAAGCUAAGCGGUUGUGUUGUGUUCAUAGUCGACGAAGCGUUACACUGUUUGAUUAAAAAAUCCUAUAAUUUUUACAAGAGACGCACUGGCAGCAUGAACAAAUUAGUGGUUUUGGGUGUUCUGGCGAGCUGCUUUGUGCCUGGUCUGAGUCGGGAACCAUUCAAAGCUCGUCCCGGUUCAUUAUCUUUCUUAGUAUACUUUCCGUCUCGAUAUCGCGGAAUAUGCAUGGGUGCUCUGAUCUCAAGAUCGGCUGCGAUCACCGCGGCUGUGUGUGUCACCAGCGCCACCUCAUACCUCCAUGACACGCGACCAAUUAAUGUUGUCACUGGAACCCAUUACAGGCAUCCCAGAAGAGGGAUUAGAGUUCAAGUCACUAAAAUUCUUCUGCCUAAUUUAUCAGAAGUGAAAGGGCAUAGACAAUACCUGAUGCAGAAGUCGGCAGCCGUGUUGCUGCUGAAGCAAAUAGUGCCCGACGUGUUGGCGGAGGUGCCGCUCCGACCAAUAGACAUCGAUUAUCUGGGGGACGUGCAAUUGACCUUACAACAAGAGUGCCUUAUGGCCGGCUGGCAUUUCUUCUAUAAAGGGGACAAAAUAUUUCCAGUGCACAAGUUUCUGCUUCAGCGCAAUUUGCGAGCACAGUUCGUUAACACGGUGAAGAAGGGUGAUUGGUGCGAAGCCCUGUCCCUCAAGUUCCAGAAGGCGCUGACAAACCUUGGCUUUCAUGGAUACUUCGAGAACACCGGCAGUAUUUGUGUGCGAGAUCCGGACCGCGCAGCUCAGCCCUGUCACGGUAUGUACGGAGCACCACUGGUUUGUGAGGGCAAGGCUGUGGGUAUGAUGAUGGCACCAGACUCCCAGUGGACCAACUGCACUGGAUUCAGCAACAUUAUACAUUUGUUCUCAAGCAAAUAUCUGAAAAACUUUAUGACUUGUAUCAGCCGGCUAUUCGACGUGGAAACUAGCAUUGAUUGGAAAUUCUUGAAGCAAUCCUUAUACGUAGACAUUUCUCGAGAGGAGUAUGACUACGUGCCAGCCGUCUACGACAAGGUCGUCCCCAAUCUGUUUGGCUCUUCUUCCACAGAAGAAGUGUAAAAUAACUGUAUAUAAUGUUCCAUUUUUCUUAAAAGUCUUAUAUGUAAACUAUUUUAUUAUGACA